AGAUACGUGUCAGCGAAGUUGCAGAUAUUCCGAGUAGGAGACAUAGUGGAAGCACAAUGCUUGAUGGUGUUCUUGAGGACAAACAAGGGUACAGCAAGGAUGAAGAUGAUACUGAGGGCAUUGACCCUUGUCAAUAGCAACAACUCGAUGGUGAGUAACGGAAUAUAUAAGGACAACAUGGGAUAA